AUGGAGUUGCCGGAAUUUGGAUAUCACGCGCAUCGCUGGAGCAUGCAGACGGUUAGAGAUGGGAAAAAAGUGCCGAGAAGACUCUCCAACUCUGGCCUCAGUCAUAACAGAUCUCACCCCAGCGUCUACCUUCUUACUUGCAAUUAUCACAAGGCCACGAGGCCUGUGGUUGUUGCAAUGUCUAAGCCACUUGCCGUGUUCAUUGCAGCUGUCAUGGGAAUUACUUUUCUUGGGGAUGCUCUCUACAUUGGAAGUGUGAUUGGAGCAGCUAUAAUAGCUGUUGGGUUCUACGCUGUGAUGUGGGGAAAAGCUAAAGAAGAGAAAGAUGUCAAAGGCCAGGUGAUGUGA